AUGGAUCAUACUGAGUCAUUAAUUUCUAAUCAAAAUAUAUCAACUAACAAUGGUGAAAUUUACAAAAAAUCAUAUGAUAAUAAAUUUGAUAUUGUUGAGAGAUAUGAGACUAUUUUAGAGGAAGAUCCUAAUAUUACAAUGCCUAUCGCCGCAAUACAAGCAUUGGUAGAUUUAGUUCGUCAUACAAAAGCUAAUACGCUUUCUGAAUUUACAAAGAUUUUACAAGAGGGUUCAUUAAUUUUAAAAUCAUCUGUUGCAAAUUAUAUUUCUGUUUCUGCUGGCUGUGAUUUGUUUCUCAGAUUUGUGACACGUUCUCUUAAUGAUGCUGACGUUGAAUCAUGUAAACAUCACCUUGUGUCUAAUGGAAAAUUAUUUGUAGAAAGAGCUAGAAAAUCUCGCGAUAAAAUUGCUUCUAUUGGUGUUAAAUUUAUUAGAGAUGGUAUAGUAAUAUUGGUUCAUUCAUAUUCAAGAAAUGUAAAUGCGCUACUUUUGGAAGCUGCUUCAAAGAAUAUAAGAUUUAGUGUGUAUAUUACAGAAUCUCGUCCUACAGGUUCUGGGAUUAUAACUUCUCGUAUUUUAUCAGAAGCAGGAAUUCCAACUGCAAUAGUACUUGAUUCUGCUGUUGGAUAUCUUAUUCAAAAAAUAGAUCUUGUUUUGGUUGGUGCUGAAGGUAUAGUGGAAAAUGGCGGUCUUAUUAAUCAUAUUGGGACUUCUCAAAUAGCGACUCUCGCAAAAAUAGCGAAUAAGCCUUUUUAUGCUGUUGCUGAAAGUCAUAAGUUUGUUCGAAUGUUUCUUCUUUCUCAAUAUGAUCUACCUACACCUACUCCUAUUCUACAGUUUUUAAAUCAAAAAUUUCCUUCUGUUCCAAAAUUAAAUUCACGACAAUCUUCACUUAGUAUUCAUCGUAUUAAUGAAUUAAAAAUGACAGAAGAUGAAAUUUGUAAUAAUCCUAUCCUUGAUUUUACUGCUCCAGAAUAUAUUGAUGCACUUAUUACUGACUUGGGGAUUUUAGAUCCUAAUGGAGUAAGUGAAGAGUUAAUAAAACUUUAUCUUUAA